UCGUAGAUCGAUUGUACGUUUUGCAUAUUUCAAUCCCAAGUUUUAAAUUUUGCAAAUGGUGCAUAAAUCUUACCGUAAUUGAGAUAAAAAUGGGAUGAGGGAGGGACCGGUCAACCGGUAGGCCUGUCUACCCGGUACAUAUAUAUGUGGCCGUGUACAUGUGCACUGACACAUAGGUGACAUUUGAGUAUACGACGAAGGCUGGAAAACCACAGGUGCUCGGGUUCUGGAAUGACCAUAUAUACUCAAACCUUGCUAUAACCAGCAGUUCCUGGGCAUCAUCAGGAGCUACACAACAGCAGUGGACAAAGCCAGUCUCAGCAAGCUCAGGAAGAAAACAGGGAUUGCAUUCAUGAAUUGCAGGAAAGCUUUAGAGAAGUUUGAUAAUGACAUUGACAAGGCAGAGCAGUGGUUGUUGAAAGAAGCCCAGAAGGAGGGAUGGGCCAAAGCGACGAAGUUACAAGGUCGUCCAAUGUCACAGGGAUUAGUCGGGGUGGUGUCUGACAAUCAGCGAGCAACAGUGGUUGAGAUCAACUGUGAAACCGAUUUUGUCUCCAAAAAUGAGAAGUUUCAAGAUCUUGUAUCCAAAGUAGCUUCAGGCUGUCACAGAUACUUCAUGGCUGCACCGACUAGUACUCAGGUGAACAAGAAAAUAUUUCUUUCUAUGGGCUCUUACUGUGUUCCCUGUGAGCGGAGACAUUUUAGUACCAUGAGACCAUGUUUAGGGAAGUCAAAAGCAGCAAGUCAAGCUAGCAAUUAUACAAAGGUGAAACCCAGUGAGAAGGGAGGGAACUCUUGUAGUUUCUUGUCUCAUUACAACGACAUUCUGAAGGUUACUGCGAAACCAACAGUGGAGAAGCUCCCUGAUGGGGCCUAUACCUGGAUAUAUUUUGAUCUGGAAACCACUGGACUAGGAUUCUCCGAUAUUACCCAGCUGUCGGCGAGGGCAGGCGAUCAGUUGUUCACCCGAUAUGUUAUUCCUGGCAAACCCAUCAAUGAAGUUGCCUCACAGAUGACGGGAAUUACUUUUGUAAAAGGAAAACUAUAUAAAAAUGAAAGACCUGUUCAAGCUGUUUCGGCGACCGAGUGUAUGACAGACUUCGCAGACUGGCUCAGUCACUUCCAUUCUCCAGUGCUGGUAGCACACAACGCUCUAUUUGAUGCCCUCGUUUUGUGUAACUGCCUUUCAGGAAUCAAAGAUCAAGAAGUUUCACGCAUUGUUGAUGGUUUUGUAGACACUCUGCGAAUUUUCAGGCAAGUGCUCCCGAAUCGAACACGUCACAAUCUAGAGUCUCUUGUCACUGAUCUUCUAGGCAUUGUGUACCAAGCACACGACGCAAACCAGGAUGCGGAAGUACUUCAGAAACUGGUGAAAUCGGAAAAGAUAACCGACGCACUGAUGUGCCAGUCAAGUUAUACUUUUUCCUAUAUCCAGGAUUAUGUAGCUUACAAAAAGCAGACUGACAAAUGUAAAGUAAGUCUACAACCAUUGAUUCAGGCAGAUUUGUUGACAAAACAUCUUGCAGACAAGAUUGCCAGGACAGGAUUGGGUCUGCAUCACUUAGAGUUUGUGCACAGUCAAGCUGGUGCACAGGGCAUACACAAACUCUUCACCGAAACGUCGCAAGGAAAGCUUGAAGACAAAAAAAUGAUAAACAAUGUUGCUGCUUACCUUCAGAAAUCUAGGAGAUGACUUAUCUGUUUUGUCCUUAUGUCUUUAUCAGGAUAUAUUCCACCUUGAUAAGAUCUUCACAAGGUUUUCACAAGAUCUUCACACAGGAAAUCAUUUUGCGUUAGAAAAAGAAAAGACGUUUUUCUCCGGAAAUCUACAAGAGAGGUGGAUGCUAUUUUAUCACGUGUUCAAAGGUACGAUAUAUACACAGAUACUUUUUACACAGUGUUCACAGUUUUGAUAGUGACAAAGACAAAAGUGUAUAUUUUCAUGAACUUAGCUGAUCAGUUAUCCAUUAAUAAUAAUAAUUAAAAUAAUUUGAGGUUCUUAUAUACCUCUCUAUCAC